AUGGUGAAUAUUUUUCUAAUUAUCUUCAUUGCAAGAUGUUAUCGAACUAAUUCUACAUUGGCAAGAAAUGGCAAUGACGAUUUACAAAAAUGUCUUUCAUCGUUAUUGCCAUCGUCAAUACGUACCAUUUAUCCAUGUAGCACUUUAGCGAAUCAACAUAGUUCUCAAUAUCAAUGUGAGCAUUUUAAUAUUGAUCAACUGUCGUGUAUUCGUGGAGGUCGAAUUUCUCAUUUUCCUGCUGUUAUUGUUUAUGCAAUGAAUAGUAACGACGUACAAAACGUGGUAAGAUGUGCAACAAAAUUAAAUUACAUUGUCAAUGCAAGAAGUGGGGGUCAUAGCUAUGAAGGCUAUAGUUUAGGUUCAACGUAUAACAAUAUUGUUAUUAACAUGGAAUCAAUUAAUUACAUUCAUAUCAACCAGCAUGAUGGAACUGGCACGUUUGGGGCUGGUGCAAGACUUGGUCCAAUCUAUUACAGAACAUAUCAAUAUAAUUAUACAAUUAAUGCUGGAAGAUGUCCAUGGGUGGGGCUCGCUGGUCAUGCACUUGGGGGUGGUCACGGUGUUCUUAGUCGAUUACAUGGAUUAUUAUCAGAUAAUAUUUUGGAAAUGAAAGCCGUUAAUGCUCAAGGUGAAUUAAUAACAAUAAAUAAAACUCACGAAACUGAAUUAUAUUGGGCGUUACGUGGUGCUGGUGGGGGCUUGUUUGUUAUUGUCACAGAGUUUAAAAUUCGAUUAGUUAAAUCUCCGUCAAUUGCUAGGCGUUUUUCAUCUCUAUGGUAUCCGAAUGCAACAAAAUUAGUAAUGCAACGAUAUCAAUCCAUGCUAUUUCAUUACAAAAUACCGAAUUUCAGUAAUAAUUUAGUAUUGGAAAUGCUUGUGUCGAAUACUCAUUUAGAAAUUUCAAUAUUUUAUUUUGGUAUCGAAUUCGAAGAAUUUAAUAAAACUGUAUCGAUGCUAUUGGCAAAGUUGCCAACUCCAAGAAGAACUCAUUUCGAUGAACAAGAUUGGCUAACUUUUGUUUCGAAAGCAGCAGAAUAUGAUGUUGGCAGUCGUGAUCUUCAAUGGUUGUUACUUGAUCGUUUAGCAUAUCCAACAUUUGAUUUUAAAUCCAAACAUUUAUUUUAUGAUCGGCCAAUAAGUUCUCCUAAUCUUGAUAAAUUUAUCGAUGCAUUAGCAUCAAGCAAUGGUCAAUCUGUUAUGAUGUUUGUUCCUUGGGAUGGGCAUAUAAGUACAAUUUCAGUUAAUGAAACAGCAUUUCCGCAUCGACAUUUUAAAUUUGGUAUUCAAUUCAUGAUUUAUCCUAAUAAUAAGCAACAUGAAAAACAACAAAUGAAUUGGUUAAAACAAGUAUAUUUGUCUGUCUACAAUGAUUCAACAAAACAUUCAUUUAUUAAUUACAUUGAUAGAGAUGUACCGAAUUGGAUGAAUGUUUAUUAUCACAUACAUCAAAAACGAUUACAUAAUAUUCAACAUAUGUAUGAUAAGGAUAACCGAUUUUAUUUUGAAAGAACCAUACAAGAAUCAAACGGGAAGAUCAACACAUUUCGAACUUUCAUCUUGCAAAUUUUGCAGUUGUCGUAUUCUUUAUUGUGUGAUUCUUUCUUAAUUCAUUGAUUAAACGUGUCUUAUUCCAUUCAUCAUUAUGAGCAAAACAUUGUUAUUUCGAAGUUAAAAGUGUUUUAGACAACGGCAGUGAGAAAAUGGCUUUUCUAUUUUUCUAAAGAUAAAAUAAACAUGACGAAGAUUAGUAACAUAGCUUUCGUUUUGAUUUCGAUUAAAUUGGGAAAGAUUCAAUGAAGAAAGCCUCCCAAAGCCAGAGAAAAUCAGCUUUUUGAAUUAAGUUUUUACAUUAAAAUAUAUUCUCAGUUGAACCUUGUAAGCUAUUCAAUUAACAAUGUAGAGAGGUCGGCAGGGGAACUUCGAAUUUUCCUAGUCUCACUCUCACUAAUUUUUUUCGUCUGUUAUGGUGUUCUACUAGGAAACUUUCUUGGCAAACACUUAACAGAUUAUACUAUUUUAGUAAACCGAAUGCACUAUGCAAAAGGAAGCCAUCUGUUUCUGCUGACGGGGUACUGUUCUUGACUAUCUUAUUCCUUUUGAAUUUAAACUCUGCGUAAGGUAGACCCCAGGGCUCCGCGUGGGAUGGGACAAUCCCAUCCCAUCCCAUGGGACAAUUUUUUUCUUCAAAUAUUCCAUGGGAUGGGAUGGGAUGGGAUGAAUCUCUCGUCCCAUGGGAUUCUCAUCUUUUUUUCUUUUGAGAAAACAGUGUCUUUCUGGUUGAAAUAAUGGAUUCAAAAUGCUUUGCAAGAAUAAUAAAUCGUAAUAUUUCUUAUAUUUCCAUUGUUGGCCUCCUUUUUCAACACAAACGAUUUUGUUUCUUAGUUUCUUGUUGUAUUCUUUUGUGCAAAAACUUGUAAUAUUUUUAGUGAAAUUUAAAUGAUGCUUCCUAAAAUUAAAAUUAGAAAAUCUGCGUGCUUUAAGCUACUCAAAGUUGUUGAUAUCCCCCGUCAUAACUAUUAAUUACCUGGAUAAUAAGCCGUAUUCAUGAGUAAGACUGCGACAGCUCCAAUUCAGUUUAGUUCACCUGAACUGUUUCCGAACUGUCGUAGUCCUAUUCAUGAAGACUCUAAAUUAUUUCUACUUUAAUUGACCUUCCAACAUAAGUUUAAACUACUUUUAGUUAAAAGAAAAGUCAAUGAAUAUUCAGAAAACUCUGAUGAGUUUUACUGGGUCUCAACCACAAGUGACGCGGCGUAAGCGCCGCUGACCCUCUACUGAAAGGAUUUUAUUAGAUUAGCCAGAGAGGUGGUAAACCAUCGUAUAAUAUUUGCGAAGUGGACCGAAUAACUCUGGUUUAGAUUUUCAUGCAUAGUGAAAUUAACUGAAAAAUUCGACGACAUUACUGAUUCAGGAAAUUCCAGUCUUUUAAGCAAUUGAAAUAGUUUUCACAUCACAUCGUAUGAUCGAUUCGGUACACAAGAGUGUACCUGAGGCAUAGUAAGAUCACAACAGAAAUCG